AUGACAUCCACCAACCAAACGGCCCUCCUCGCCCUGGAAACCUUCCUCACCUCUCAUCCGGGGAUAAAGUACACACCCCCAUCGGAUCCCUCCUUCAACAGUCUAGCCAAAGUCUUCGUCCGCUCGCGCCCGCACACCCCCCUCGCAAUCGUCCAGCCCCAAACACCCUCUGAUGUCGCGGCCCUCAUAAAACUCGCCAAAAACAACUCCAUCCCCUUCACCAUCCGAUCAGGCGGCCAUAACCUCGAAGGCCGCGCGGUAGCCAACGACGCCCUCCUCAUCGACCUGCGGGCUCUGAACUCCGUUAGUGUAUCCCCAGACCGCAAAACGGCAACCGUUGGCGGCGGAAUCUUGCAGUAUGAACUUGGUGCACAGCUCUGGGAGCACGGCCUUGCCACGGCGACGGGGGCUAUUCCUGAUGUUGGCUAUGCAGGCUGGGCCAUGUAUGGCGGGUACGGGGCUUUCUCGUCACAUUGGGGGUUGGGCGUUGACCAGAUUGUGGGCGCGAGGGUUGUGGAUAGUCAAGGGGAGCUUGUGGAUGCGGAUGAGGAGCUUCUUACGGGGAUUCGAGGGGCGGGAGGUGUGUUUGGUGUUGUGGUUGAGUUGGUUGUUAGGGUUUAUCCGUUAACGGGGUUCCUCGCGGGCCCUAUCGUCUUCGACUCCAGUGAUAUUGAAAGUUCCUUCGUCGCCUUCAACGCCGCUUAUAACGCCCUCUGCGCCUCCGAAUCCCUCCCAUCCCAACUAACCCUCCAACGCCUCGUCUUCAACAUGCCCAACCCCACCGGGCGAACCCUAACCUUUGGCGUGAGCUUCGUCUGGAGCGGUUCAGUCUCGCAACUCGAAGAAGGCCAGCACUGGAUCCAGAAAAUCAGCAAUCUCGGCCCCGCAAUCCUAAACGCCGUCACACCCACAUCCGUCCCCUUAUGGUCCGCAAGCAACGGCAACCUCCCAAAAGCCCUCUACGGAAGCAGCCACACGCACAACCUCUCCUCUAUUAGCGACAAACUGGCCCGCGUCAUCGGCCGCAAUCUUGCGCUUAUGCCCUCCGAUCCGGGGGCCAUGUUCUCAAUCCACCAGUUACGCGGGGAUUCUCCGUCUGCAAGCCCGCAGAGUCAGGGAAAUGUCUUUGUAACCAGGCAACCGCACUAUAUGCUUGAGGUGUUGGGGUUUGCAACCAGUGAAGAUUUGCUGCCGGAGUCAAAGAGGUGGGCGGAGCGCAUGGCGAACGAGAUCGAGAAUGCGGAGCCGGAAAGUGUGUUGCCGACGGUUUAUCUGUCGCUUUGGGACUCUGCGAGCGCGAAGGGUGCGGAUGAAGCGCUGGAGAAGGUAUAUGGAGAGAAAGCCGGGCUUGUCAGGGCAUUGAAGAGGAGGGUUGAUGCUGGGAAUUUGUUUAGAUUGGCUGUGCCGGCUGUUGAGUGA